AUGUUCUCGUCAGCUGAACCGAUGUUUAACAGAUCAACAGAUCAAGUUAGUUUAACGGUCGUACGAAAAUCUGAUGGGCUAUCAGUGACUUUUGUCUUGAAUGAAAAGACUCGUAUCCACGAUUUGAAACAUGAAUUAAAACGACGAUUAAAACCACGAAAUGAACGAGGAUAUCGUCUUAUUUUUCGUAAUAAAGUGCUCAAAGGAAAACAUACAUUGAAGCAUUAUGGAAUUAAAAAAGGUGUUAACGAUCAAGCCAUUGCAAUGGACGAUACGAAAGAUUGGAAAUCAUCAUCAUCAUCGUCAUCAGAUUCUGAACAAUAA